CAAGGUGUACGGCUUGAACAUCUUUUCUAAUUUCUUCUGAUUAAAACCGUACAANCUUCGCAUCCACUCUGUGCAAACUGUUCGAGCCUGACCAGGACUGGUCUCUGGAGCCAUUCUGUGGCCAAUCUCACUGCUAUUUGGACGAGAAGGUCGGUCGUCUCUUCGAAGUUGUGUUGGACUGUGGACCCAAGCCAACCAACCCUGAUGCCUGCAAGAUCCUGACUCCAGCCAACGAAACUGCAGUUUUCCCCAAGUGCUGCGACGUCUACGACACCGAAACCUGCAAGUUCCCCGAGUUCAACGCACCAGAGGGCGCUGGCAACAAGCAGGCUCCCCCAGAGGGCGCUCUUCAGGGUCGUCCGAAACCCGCUGCCUAAACAAAUCACUUAUUGAAACCAGCUUUUGAUGAAACCAAAACUCGUCCAAUUUCUGAUAAUGCGGCCGUUUCCUAAAAAAAAAAAUUUACUUCACUCUUCGACUCGGCAUUGACAAAAAAAAAUCUUGCUGGUGUCUGGAGAUCUAGAACAUGAAUGAGACGCUAGUGAGAUUCUUUAUUUGGGGGACUUGUUUUUUGUUACACGCAGUCUGGCUGAUUGUAUAAGAAGGGGCUGGAAAGGAAUUUUCUUGGGUGAAAUUCGGAAGUGUUUUUUUUUUCUUUUUUUUUUGUAGGGAUGCGCAAAAAGAUAUCGUGAAAAUAUAAAAAAGGGAGUCUCGGUACCUACUGAA